AUGAAGUUCCUUAUUGUAUUCGCCUGCCUUUUGGCCAUCGCCUUCGCCAACGAGGAAGCCAAUGUACUUAGAAGCGAGCAAGAAGUUGAGCCCGAUCGCUUUAACUAUGUACUUGAACUCGACAAUGGUGUGCUCCUAGAGCAGCAAGGUCGUUUGGAGGGUGAUGAUGUCUGGACGGUGGAUGGCUCUUUCAAAUUCAUCUCGCCAGAAGGUGAAGAAGUCGGUUGGACCUAUAAUGCCGAUGAUACUGGUUUCCAUCCCGAUCCAAACAGCAAGUGGAUCCAUCCUAUCCCUGAGCACAUCAUCAAGUCCAUUGAGUACAUUAAGAAUCAUCCAAGCCAAGAAUAA